AUGCUAAACGUAUCAGGAGAAGAUUCUCUUUCUAAUGUCACUAUUAGGAUAUGGAUAUCUGAAUUCAAUCAUGAAAAAACAAGCUUAGAAGAUGAUCCAUGCAGUUUCGCUUUAAAACUGCAACGACCAAAGAAAUCAUUAAAAAAGUCCACAAAAUGUGUAGCUGAUUUUUUAUCAAGAGCAAAAAGUUUUGAACUUCCAGAAGAUAGUUUUGAAAUACUUAAAAUAAAUGUUUUAAUGGAAUUAGAUAUACGAUGUCUUCAAGCACAGGAUGAAGAUAUGAAAAAUUUACCUAAUCUUAUAGAAAACAAUGGAAUAUAUGGUAUACAACAAGGAAAUCAAUUUAAACCUUAUUUACCUAUAAUUGAACUGGAACGAAUGUGUUUACAAGUCCAUGAACAUAGACAUUUCUCACUGGAAAAAACAUGA